AUGUCUCUCCCACCCCCAGAUAAUCUUUUCACGAUCGAGUCUCAGCCCACUCGCACCAUGGUAUUCUUCGAUCUUGACAACACAUUGUUCAAUCACCAGCAAUCUACCUACUACGCCAUGUCCGCCGUACGCAUUUUACUCCCGCUUCCUCGUGAAAUCCCGCUGGACGUGCUUGUCGACAAAUACAACGAAGCCCUUGAUCUCGUUUAUAACCAAUAUCUCCGAAAUGAAAUAGCACACGAAGACCAGGAUUCAGUAAAGGUCAAGCUCUUUUUUAAGAGUUUACACCUUGAAGAACCGGACUCCAAAUGUAUCGCGCGGUUUCGGAGUGUAUACAAAAGAACAUACAGGGGGAAACGAAAGGCUAUGCCCGGAAGCAUCGAGACCUUGAGAAGCCUUCGGAAGAAUGGCUAUCGCACUGCUAUCAUCACAAACGGCCCGACCGAAAUUCAGAUAGAAAAGGCUAAAGCCAUUGGCGUCUUCGAUCUCGUUGACUGCGUCAUCACAUCACAAGAAGCUGGCCAUCCUAAGCCUGAUGUCAGGAUCUUCCAGUAUGCUUUGGAAAAACUGGAUGUGAAACCAGAUGACGCGCAUAUGGUUGGCGAUUCUGUCGAGGCUGACAUCAAGGGUGCUCUCGAUGCCCAAAUAUCGCCUAUCUUGUAUUCCCCCGGUUCUAACAGCUCCUUGAAACUUCUAUUUGGAAAGGAAAUUCCGGUUAUCCGUCAAUUCGAUCAGCUACCUAUGGUUCUGGAACCCCCGUUAGAUUCCGGCUUGGACUGA